GAUAAGAAAAAGUGUGAUAUAGCUCCUAUUUCUCCAGUUGGAUGAUAAGAAGAUUUAUUUAUAAUGAUUAAUCCUUCCAAGCUAGUUUAUACAACAUAAAGAAGGAGAGAAAGGACAUAAUCCUAUUUUCUCCCUGCACUUCCAUGUCAUGUUUGGUAGCAGUAUUUGAGAGCAACCAGCUCCAAACCCCAGCACAGGCAGGGAAUACAUUCAGGAUGUUUUCCGUGCAUGUGUAAGUAUGCUGCUUCCUUUGAAGCUGAGAUACAGUCUGUUCUCAGAGGACCUUUCCCAGAGACGGCUGUGAAACCACAGCCUGAAAGGUAUUGUCCCCUCAUGCAAAAGUCACCCCUCAUCCUACUGAUCAAACGCUGUUUGUGCUAAAAAAGUGACACGUUGUGUAGCCAAAUCGCAGGUACAUACACACACACACACACUCACCCGCAGUUCCUGGCAAUGGCAAACAAAACCCAAGCCAGGAUUAAAAAAGAAGAACAGAAGAUUAAGUUCCUAUCAAGAGGUAAUUAAAGCCAGGAGGAGAGAUAAUGAAGACAAUCACAAUGAAUCAAUUGGUAGAGGGAUGUUUGCCCAACAAAUUACUGCCGUUAUAGACAGAAGCAGGAAUUAUUACCCAUCAGCAGAAACACAGUCCAUCAAACUGCUGCGAGUGACCUGAUCGGGUUGAGAGAGUAAUUAAAAGGACAUUCCAGCCUGGAUGCAUUAUUUGCUGUUAAUCAUGAUUACUCAUAUUCAUAUCUUUCCCCAAAUAAUUGCUUCUGAUAAGGGCUGCAGAUUUAAAGGGGGCGAUGGAGGGGAGUGGGCCAGUGGUGCCUCGUAGCCAACUGAGAGCCAGGAGUGCCCACGGGUGGGUGAGUACCUCUGGGCUGACACGCUCAGCCUGGACCUGUUGUCUCCUUCCCUCCUUCUGUUUUUGGGUGGUGGGUUUCAGGCUUCUGUGAUGCUUUGCUGAGCCGUUGCCAUGAAGCCCACCCAUCUCCUGAGCAGCGAUGCUGGUAAUAUGGGGGGGGGUUCCUCCUCUGAAAGGCACAAAGAAUGGAGCCCAAACAGCAGCUGGACUUGAAGGCUUUCAGAUAUACAUGGUCUUUAGUUUUAGGUAGAGCACAGUGGAUGGGCAGGAGGAAGCUGCACGAACUGGCUGUGUACCAGCCUUUUUGGAAGCUCUCCCAUCGCCAGUGGGAUGGGAGAUGCAGGGUGAUGGGACCCAUGAUCCAGCAAAGCCUGUGGGUGCAAUCUGCCAGCUCAGCAGCAGGAUGUGUCUGCUGGGCAGAGCUGAGACGUGCCCAGGUCCUGGGCUGGCUUGGUGAGCGCUUCUGUCAGCUAAAGGUCCCAGCUAGUUAAGGAGUUUGCAUUUACUGAAAACCAGCAUAACUGGGGAGGGCAAUAAAAAGCUCAGAAGUAUCUCAAGGUGGUUAACUAGUUCUACUGUGAUGACUCUGAAGAUCUACCUCCUUCCAGGGGUCUGACUGAUUGAAAAACCCCAUGCAAAACAUCAUUAUUUAUACACAGGAGAAGUUCCCCAAUGGCCAUUACCAUCCCUAGCAACUUCAGCAAGCACAGGGGAGACAAAACAAUGUCCAGAAAGGGAGAAGACAAGUUGAUCCACUUGAUUAGCAGCUGGAAAGGUUAUGAGGAAGGGAAAUUCUGGAGCUAGGGAUGGGCUUUAAAAUAGACUCUUAAAUGUGGUGCUCCAAGACAGUGAGAGCCCAGGUUUGGCACAUGGAAGGGCAAAAUGCCAUGGUGAGAUCCUGGCUGGGGGUGAAGGCAUUGUGUGACAGACUGAAGGACAGGCUCAGGAUCCAGGUUUCCCUUCCCUGAAGGGUGGUGUGCUCUGCCUUGGGUGGCAGUUGGUACUGGGGAGUCUUCUGGUUUGUUCAGACUCCAGUAAGAAACUGAUCUUUGAAAUGCCCUUCUUGUUUUACUUCUUUUUCUCCCCUCAAAGCCAAAUCAGGCAGGAAAACACAACGCUAAAGCAUCAGAAAGUGUGUGUGAGAUGAAGCUUAUGGCUCCUCAAUCAUGCAGAACCUCUCACCUGUCUGCUCUGCAACCCCCGUUCAAUAUUUGCGCUGUGGCUUAACGGCGAAUAAAUGUCUGUAUAAAUCCCCCCCUCGUCUCCUUCCUCCUCUCUCCUCUCCUCAUCUUGCACCAUCUCCAGAGCAGCAAGCAGUCCCACAAGGGUGGCUAGAAAGGGUUCGGGAAACUCUGACAGUCCUUUAAUGCGCUUUGUACUGUCUGGUUUCAGACUAAAAUAAAACCAAAGUGGGAGGACUUUGAUUUUGAGUUCGCACGUACUGCCUGAGAGUCUCCAGGACAGCAACUGAGAAAGCGAGGUUUGCUCCUCUGCUGGAGGAAGAGAGGGGUAUUAUAAAUUACAGGAGAGAACAUGGUUUGCCGGAUGACUGGUCUGUGGCAACUAAUUCUUCCCUUGGUUGUCCUCUCACACUUCUCAUCCUCUCUUCCAUCCCGGGAGAGGACUGAGAGACAUGCUGAUGGGCUCUUCCACAGUGAGCUCAGCAAGAUGAAUGGCAAUGCCUAUGUGCGGCAACUAGUCAAACACCUGGUGGGCCUCAAGGAGAGGUCCCAGAGGCACUCGGAUGGACUCUUUACCAGCGAGUACAGCAAGAUGAGAGGAAACGCUCAGGUUCAGAAAUUCAUCCAGAACCUCAUGGGCCGCAAGCGCAACAGCUCUCCAGGCCCAGUCAACACAGAUGUGCAGGGGAGAGAAGAAAACAGCCAUGAGGAACUUUGCUUUAUGUGGUUGUACCAGAGCUUUCUAAACACCAGCCACUCGGACAGCGAUGCCAGGGAAGCUGCUGCAGUCACCAGCCAGUACGUUUGCCCCAUCUCUAAGUACCUGGGUGCAGACACGAAGGAAGACACAGACAGUUUUGACUGAAGGUGAAAUGAAAGAAAAAGCCAAGGGGUCGGCUUUGCAUGUACAUAGCCUUGAAAAUAAACAAGGAAGCUAUUGAAUUUGCUUAGGGAAAAACUCUUGAGAUCAGCAAAAAAAAAAAAAGAAAGAAAGGAAAAAUAAAAUCUGGAAAGCAGCCAAACCCCAAUGAAACCU